AUGAGCGACCUACUCAUUGCCAGCACCAUCCUCAAAAUAUUGUUGAUUCCGGCAUAUAGAUCGACAGACUUUGAGGUACAUCGCAAUUGGUUAGCCAUCACUCACAGCUUACCUAUUUCCAAAUGGUAUAUUGAGAAAACUUCGAUAUGGACUCUCGACUAUCCUCCUUUCUUUGCAUGGUUCGAAAAAUUCUGGAGCGCGUUUGCCCAGCUGGUGGAUCCAGCCAUGCUGGUUGUUGACAACCUCGAAUAUGCGAGCUGGAAAACUGUAGUGUUUCAACGCAUGACUGUCAUAAUAAGCGAACUUGUCCUGUAUUGGUCACUCAAGCGAUAUAUUCGAUACUUUGGGAACCAAUAUGUCAACUGGCUUAUAGCUGCUUCUAUUUUCCUUCAUCCGGGCCUGUUAAUUUAUAACGGGUUUCUUUACGGUAUUUUACUCCUGUCAAUUGUCGAAGCAAAACGGGGUCAAUUAUUGCUAUCCGGUAUCUUGUUUGCUGUACUGUUGAACUUCAAGCACAUUUACUUGUACAUGGCACCCGCUUAUUUUGUAUACCUUUUAAAAGCUUACUGCUUUACCUCCACUGAACUAUCAUCAUUUUCGAUCCAACGAUUCAUCAAUCUCGGUGGUUCUGUUAUUGCAGUAUUUGCGCUCUCACUCGGCCCAUUCAUUCAUCAACUGCCUGCUCUUGUGGGUCGAUUGUUCCCAUUCACACGUGGUCUGUGUCAUGCUUACUGGGCACCCAAUUUUUGGGCCCUCUAUGCUGCAGCCGAUCGAUGCCUUAUUUUUGCGGGUAAGCGGCUUGGAUGGUCUAUGAACAAGGCAGCAAUGGGUUCUAUGACACGCGGCUAUGUUGGCGAUACACAAUUUGCUGUUUUGCCUGAUGUACAAGCUUCCCAUACCAUGAUCUUGACAUUGAUUGCUCAGUUGGCUGUUCUUCAAUUGCUAUGGCGAAAACCAACGUUUGACAACUUUUUAUCGGCGUUGACGCUGUGUGGAUUCGCCUCGUUUUUAUUUGGCUGGCACGUACACGAAAAGGCAAUCUUGAUCGUCUUGAUCCCUUACAGCUUGAUGGCAGCCAAUAGCAAGCGUCAUUUACGCGCCUUCGCCAUGUUGAGCGCAGCAGGGAUCUAUUCGCUCUAUCCCCUCCUGUUUCAUGCCGCAGAAACUCCAAUCAAGGUGACAUUUACGAUCGUGUGGGCUUUGAUUGUCAUUCCCGGUUUAGCUUUUGCCAUGAAAACACCUGUCAAAUCGGUGUUACAGCCAGUGGAAUUACUAUAUCUUUCUGGGCUUGUCGCACUGCAAUUGUAUUCCAGCGUCGUGCAUGAACUCCUAUUUGUAGGGGAUCUGCAGUUUUUACCAUUGUUACUGACAAGCGUAUAUUGUGGGGCAGGGGUGAUGUAUGGGUACUUACUAGCCAUGAACAAUUGUUUCACUUGA